AUGGGAGGGGACUCGCUGUUCGACAACGACCGCCCCGCAAAGCGCAUCAAGGUCGAGGCGCCGCCAAAUGACGACGUGAGCAACGCCGACUCUCCCUUUUCUCCGUUGUCCCAGGCGCUUCCGCCGCCUCGGGAACGCCCGCCGCUGGCAGCCGGGCCUGAGGCAGACGCUCAUCCACCGUUUCUAUCGCCGCUGGACCAACGGCCGCCAGACCUCUACAGCAGCUAUCCCCUUCACCAACAGCCGCCGGCGCCUGGCCCGCUGCCACAGCCUUCGCACCAGCACGAGCAUGUUGCCAACAUAGCCGUGGUCGCCGCGCCGACCGUGGCAGACAUGACCGACCCGUGGCCUGGCCAUGCCUCGACCUUGUUCGAUGCCUCGUGGAAGUGGCCCGUGGCGUCAUCCACGGUGUCUCCCUCGUCACAGAUGGCCGGCGCCCUCGAGCCGGGCCUUCAUGUCGGCGCCGCCCACUUCUUCCCCGCUCCACUGAAGUCUUUGGACUCAGAUGUGCCAGUGGCGAUAGCUUCAGCGCUUCCCGCGAGCGAGUUCAACUUCCCCCUGGCGUGCCCGACUCGUGGCUCCCUGUCCCUCGCUCCAUCGCUUCCUCCGAAACGGCCCCGCUUUCCCUUAGCGACUGCUGGCGACUCUGGUCUGGGUGAUGUCAACUACCAUAUCAAAGACCACCAUUCGCGGAAAGGCGCCAACCGACUCGCGCUUGUCAGCCCCUUCAAAGACUGUGUGGGCAAUUUUGGAGAGGCGCAACAGCGUCGCUUCAACCGCCCCUUUGACGGCAAGGUUAAUGGCUACAUCAAGUUCAACUGGCCCAAGGACAAGCCUGAUCGUCGUCCAUCUGCCGGUCGCGAGUCGCUCGUUUUGGAUUCUCCCAAUGUGGCCGAGUUGGUUGCAUCGACUGCCGAUGUCGACGCCCCCCAAUCAUCAUUGGUUCAUCUUGGCUCCGCACCGGCAUCAAUGACCAUGUCGCCUGAUCUCGACUCCAACUUUGACUUCUCGUGCUUCCUGUACGGUCCCCCUUCAUCAUUCGAACUGAGCCAUCCCGUCGAGGUCGAGGCACGGGCGGUCGGUGCCGAGAUCUCCACUGAAUUGGUCCCGAUCGGGGCUCCGCGGAAAGUCCCAAAGCUCUUUGGCUAUGAGGCUCAAAUGGACCAUACGGAUAGGAAGUUUUGGACAUUCUAUAUCAGGAAUUGGUGUCCCGGCAGAAGCGUGCUUCUGGAAACCAAUCUUUGGCUCAAGGAUUUCGCUCAGAUGCACAAAAGCGACGGAGUACGAGCCGCGAUCCAAAGCCUGGCUGGCAUAUAUAUUUACGACUACCAACCCAUUGACAGCAUUCGCAGGAGAGUCAACGAGAGGUUCUUUGAGGCUGAGUAUCGGUUUAGCCGCCUGUUAAACGAUCCCACCACUGCUCAUAGCGAAGCCCACGCAAAUGAGCUCAUCACCAUGGCCGUCAUUCUCUCCAUGCAAGACAUCGUCCUGACAGAACGCCGACUGAGAAAGCCUCACGAUCCUCGGUGGCUUUCUGGUUUCAAGCAAGGAGAAUUGUUUCUGCAAGCAACAGAUCGCGGCUCACGCUUUUGGAAACGAUCAAAUGCCCAGUUCUCGUCGCUCCGCAUUUCUCAAUCAAUCAUUGUCGGCCGGGCCAUGAUCCUGGCGCAGCCGAUGAUGAAGCUUCCAUCGCCAAGUACAUUUGACCCAGAAUGCGAAACAUCGCGAUUCGGCUGGCUACUGUACGGAACGGAGCGAGACAUGUAUCAGAUUCACGGAGGCUGUGGGUUUUCCAAGAAACUGCUUCACAUGAUGAGCCAAAUCACAUACUGUGCUGCCCGUCUGCAGCAAGAUCCGGAAAACAUUGUUGUCCCCACAACCUCACAGUACCUGCACGCCGAGCUGGUUCAAAUGAGACAAUGGAGUAGCGAGUCCAAGGAUUGGGAGAGUGCAAAAGCUGGACCGUCGAUAACGGAGUGGGUGCGAUCCGUUCCAGACGGAUUCACCAUCACCUCAUCCUCCGACAUGACGGAUGUGACUGCGGAGGCCUGGAGAUUGACUGCCAUUGUUUACCUGCAGUGCCGUGUGCUGAGGAUUCCUCGGAACCACCCGGCCAUAGUAGAAAACCUGGCUGAUUUGGCCCGGUGUAUUUGCAUUAUGCCGACGUCGGGCUACCAGUUCACGGCACAAGCACCUCUGUUACCUGUGUUUAUGCUAGGCAUGUUGGCCACAAACCCCGACCACAAACAAGUUUCGAAAACCUGGUUUGACGAAGUCGUCUCAGCCCCAGUCAGGAGUAGUGUGCCACCCCUAUAUGAGGUGCUGCAGCGUGUUUGGCAGUGGAUCGACACCGAGAUCGAAAUGCCUACGCCCUCCACCGCUGACUUGACCGAGCACAUCGGCCUGCGAUACUCUUGGUGGGAGCAACUUGUUGAAGAAGUUGAUAAGAGGGAGCACGAGGUGCUAUGUUUGACGUGA